AUGGAUAGAAGAUUUUUAGAAUAUGAAGAUAUGAAUGAUGACGAUUUAAAAGAUGAUGAUGAUGAUGAAAGUUUAAAUAAUAAUAAUAAUAAUAAUAUCAUUGAUCAAAAUAGUAAAAAACAACGUUUAUAUGAUACACCUUGUUCUUUUACAUCAAAUAUUGAUGAUAAUGACGAUGAUUUAUCCGAUUUUAAUACUAAAGAUAAUCAACAACAACAACAACAAAGACAAAGACAACAACAACAACCAAUAAAUUCAAAAAGAAAACAAGAGUUUCAAAAACUUUUAGAUGAAACAAUGUCAAAAACAAAGGAAUUUAAAGUAGUAUUAGGUAAACAUAUGUCAAUUCAAGAUCCAAUUAUUGUUAGUGAUAUUGUUACAUUUAAGAGAUCUUUAGAAACUUAUUUUAAUAAUCAAUCAUCAUCAAACAAUGCUUUACACUCACCAAGAGAUAAUAAUAGUUCAGAAUCUAAAUUACAAAGUUUUAAAGAUGGUUUUGCCUUAUUUAUAGAGAAUGAGUCUAUAUUAGAAUUAGCAUUAUCACCAGUCAGAUCAGAGUCUUCAAAUGAUUUCAUUCAAAAGUAUGGUAAUAACUUUUCAGAAACUUGUUUAAUUAGAUUAUUAUUAUCAACACCAAUUGUUCAACCAUUAAUAUUAGAUGUUUUAUUUGAUUCAAUGUAUACUUUUGCUGCUGAGGAUACAAAUGGGUUUUGUAAGAAAAUAUUUUCACAACUAAGAUGGUUAGAUACAAUUAGUGAUGGUCCUCAAUUAUUAGCACAAAUUGGAACAUUACUUGGUUUAUUAGAUGUUAAUCCAGAGUUAAAAAAAGAUAUUAUUAGAUUUUUACCAGAUAUAGUCGAUAAUGAAUGUCAUUCAGAGUUUAUUGAUAUUUUAAUGGGAAUCUAUAAAGAGAAUGAAGAAUUUGUUUUACCAAUAUUAGAUGCAUUGGCAAAUUUAAAUUUAAAUUCUGCUCAUUUAACAAAUGUUAGAGAAACAGUUGGUGAAUCAUUAAGAGAAUCUGAUUUUAAUAUUUUACCAAUGAGAAUUACAUUUUUAUUAUCAACAAGUUCUUCAAAAGAAAAUUCAGCUAUUACAUCAAAAGCUAUUAGAGAAAGAUUGGAUUUAAAAAAACCAAUAUUAAUAAAUGGAUCAACAACAGAGAUUUUAAAUGAUCCAAAUAAUAAAGAAACUGAUCGUGAUAGAAAACCAACAGAGAAUUUAAUAUUGGAAGCAUUAAAAUCAGGUAUACGUUUUAAAAAGGAUUUAUGUGAUGCAUUCAUUAAAGAGAUUGAAGAAGCACGCACACAUAAUAUAUUGGAUUUUUGGUUAAUAGUUUUAAUUCAUUCAUUUGGUCAUAAGAGUACAGAGAAAAUUUUUAAAAAAUUAGUUAAAUCUGGUUUAUUAUCUAAAAAAUUAUUAAUUGAAUCAAUUUAUACUCAUGAAUUUGCAUUACAACAAUAUUUUACAACAAUGUUAACAUUAUGUGAUUUUUGUAUUAGAAGUAUUGAAACCAAAGUUAGAGAAUUUGGAGAAUCAUUUUAUGAAUUAUUAUUCAAAUGUUAUAGAGAUGAAGGUCAACAACGUGAAUUAAUAUCAAUGUUAUUGGCACAUAUUAUUUCAGGUAAUAAUUCAGAGGUUAAUUGUGGUUUAGAGGUUUUAUAUAAAUUAUGUUCACCAUUAUGUAGUGAUAUGUUGAUAAAGUUCUCUCAUGAAAUUAAGAGAGUAUUGGACUAUAUAGAUACAUUAACAGAAUCACAAAUUAGAACAUUAUUUAGAAUUUUCGGUACUUUAUUAUAUACAGAUAGAAUUUCAUCAAAUAGUUAUAAAUUAGAACCAAAUGGUAGAAUCUUUACAGAGCUGGAUAUUUUCACAAGAAAACAAAUUACUUCAACAAAAAUUAAAUAUAAAAAGAUUGGUAUAAUUUCGAUGUGUUCUCAAAUUUCAAGAAUUUCAAGAGUUAUUAUAAAUCACAACAAUGAAUUACAAUUACCAAGAGAAUUAUUUGAAGAGUAUGAAAAAUUAUUUCAAUCAUUGUUAUUAAAUUGUGAUAAAUCAAGAUUAGCAAGAUCUUAUCUUUUUGAUGAGUUGGCAAAUGUUUAUAUGAUUUCACCAUUUCAUCAAAGUGUUACCAAUAGUAUUGGUGAAUAUGCACAACGUUAUUUUCAAAAUGAUUUCAUUGAAUUGGUUAACCAAUAUGAUAAAUCAAUGAUUUGGGGCUCAAUGGGUAAUACAUUUGGUGACGAAGGUAUUUGUAUUUAUCCAAAUCUAUCAGAAGGUACCACUACAAGAGAUGAUAAUAAAUUACUUUGUUUAUCCUCUGCUUUUCGUUUAAUUAGAAUCUUACAACCAAAGGACCAAUCUUUAGAAGAGAUUGAUGUAAUGUUAACUCAUCCUUUUAUAAUGUUUAAUAAGGAAAUUGUUUCAAUUAAUAAUAGUCAUAAUUUUAAAGAUGAUAAAGAAAAAGAACUAUAUUGUUUAUCUUUAUAUUAUUCAACAAAUUAUAUUAGAGAACUUUUAAAUGCUUUUACAACUUUAUUGAUACCUUUAAGAAAAAAUCAACAAAAUCAACAUCAACAACACCAUACUCAAUCUUUACUAUCAAAUAAUGAAAAAUUAUUAAAUAGAUUAAAUAUAUUAAUUAGUAUGGAAGAUAAAUUUGAAAUGGUAUUAUCUCAUUCAAAUUCAUUUGUUAUACCGCAUGGUACAUUUGAAUCUGAUCAAAGAAAACCAUUUUCAAUUGAAUUAAAAAAGAAUAAGAAAUUACCAACAUCAGCAUCAACCACCGCAACAACAACAACAUUAGCAAAUUCAAAUUCAAUUAAUCAAUUAAUUAAAUAUAAUAUUGAUUUAAAAGAUUUUGUUACACCAGGUGAAUCAUUAAUUGAAAUUGAAAAACCUUAUUUAAAAUUAAUUAAACCAUAUUAUAGAUCAUUAGAUUUAUCUUGUUUUCAUUUAUUUAAACCACAAACCAAUAAUACUACUACUACUACCACCUCAAAAUCAAAUCAAAAUAAUUUAGAACCAAAUGGAAUGUUAUAUUUAUUAGAAGAAUUUUAUAAUAAACUUGAUACAGUUUCAACACCAGAUAGAACAUCUCAUUUACAUAAUGAAAAGAUACAAUUACCAUUUAGUUAUGAACAAUUUAUUCUUCAAACUGGUGUAGUUUUUAGAUAUCUUUUAGAACAUUUAAAAAAUUUAUCAAAUCAAUUUAAACAGAAUAGAUUGAAAUUAUUACAACUUAUUAAAUCAACCGAUGUAAUUGUACAACAAAAGAAUGAAUUACAAAUUGAAUUGGAAGAAGAAUAUGAUGCUAGCAAAGAUAAUGAAGUUAAAAAAUUGAAAAAAGAAAUUGAAAAAAGAUGUGAUCAAAUUCAAUGGUCAAAUAAUAAUCAAACUAUAACUCAACAUUGUAUUCAAUUGAUUUUACAAAUUUUUGAAAAAUUAUUUCAUACAGGUGGUUCAAUUAGUAAAACUGAAAAUGAUCAUAAAUUAUUUUUAGAUUUAUUAAAUUCAAUUUCAACAAAAGCAAAUCAAUUACUUGGUGAAAAUAUUGAUCAACAACAACAGCAACAACCAGUUGGUGGUGGUGGUGAUCGUAAUCAACAAAAACUUAAAAUUUUUAAUAGUAUAUUCACAUUUUUCAAAUCAUUUAUUCAAAUUUUUGUUUCAUCUAAAAGUUUUAAAGCAAGUUUUACUCUAUUACAAGUAUUAAUUUCAUUGUAUAGUUCAAGAUAUAUUGGUAAUAAAAAUAUUGAAGAGAUGAAAUUUCAAAUUCAUAAUUAUUCUCGUAUCUUGUUGGCAAUAAAUUGGAUAUCAAGUGGUAAACAAAAAGUAUCAUCUCAAUCACUUGGUGUUUUAUUAAAAGCUUAUUUCGAUCAUACUUCAAAUGAAGAUGAAUCUAUUAAAACUUCAAUUAAUUAUUUAAAGAAAUAUUUUGGAAAUGAAAGUUCUAAAAAGAAUGUUUUAACAACUAAUUCAUCAUCUAGUCAAUCUUCAAAAAAUAAAAGAAAUAAUAAUAAUAGUAGUGAUAGUGAUGAAGAAAAUGAUAAUGAUGAAAAAGAUGAUUUAAUUAAUCGAGAAGCAGGUGGUGGUGGUGAUGAUGAUGAUGAUGAUAAUAAAUUCAUUAAUAUAGUUGAAACUGGUGAAGGUAUUGAAUUUAAAAUUUCAUCAUUAAAUUCAACAACUUUAUUACCAUUUUUAAAGAGUAUUUAUUCGGCAUUAAUUAAUAAUUUAAAAAGUAGUAUUGAAGAUAAAAACCUUCAAACGGACCAAGAAACAGCAUGCUUUUUCAAACGUUCAAGUUUCUUUAUUUCAAUGUAUGCAUCAUUGGUUGAAACAGCAAAAGAAAGAGAUAAGAGUCUUUAUUUAAUUGAAACUUUAAAACAAGCCGUUUCAUUUGUAACCGUUUUCAUAAAAUUAUAUAUUCCAGUAUUCAAAUCAUUGGUCAAAAAAAAGAGUUUACAAAUCAUUGGUAGAGUUAUUAAAGAAAUUGAAAAUCUUCGUUUACAUAAUGGUAUUUUAAAUAAUAUUUGUUCUCAUGGUAAAGAAACUAGUGAUUCCUCAAUCAUUGCAAUGGAACCUCAAGUUAAAAAAACAUUGGAAUCUUUAAAUAUGGAAGUUAAAGGUAUUUUAGCUGGUGUAAAUGCUUCGGAAGCUUUUGGUACUAAAAAAGUUGAUAAAAGAAAAUUAAAUGGUGAUGAAUUCUUUUCUUCUGAUGAUGAUGAUGGUGAUGAUGAUUCAGAUCAAAGUUCAGAUUAUUCAGAUUCUGAUGAUAAUAAAAAAAGAAAAACAAAGAAAAAGGUUAAUAAAAAAUCAACAAAGAAAUCAACAAAGAAAAUCAAAUCAAAUCAUUCUGAUGAGGAAGAAGAAGAAGAAGAAGAAGAGAAGAAAGGAGUUUCAAGUAGUAAACAAAAAAAACAAACAAAGAAAGUAGGUAGUCUAUCAAAGGGUAGUAAAUUAAGAAAAAUGGGUAGUGAUGAUGAUGAUGAUGAUGAGAAAGAAGUAGAAAGUGAAUCAUCUCCAAAUGUUAGCGAUAAUGAAGAUUAUAGUCGUAGUGUUAGUCGUGGUCGUAGUAGAAGUAGAAGUAUUAGUCAUCGUCGUAGAAGUACAAGUAGAAGUUUAAGUAUUAGUGAUCGUAGUAGAUCAAGAAGUGUUGAAGAGGCUGAAGUUGGAGAACCAGAAUCAAAUGAAGAACUCUCUUCUUCAGAACCUGAUGAAGGCGAUAGCUUAGGUUCUCAAAGUGAUAGAAGUGAAGAUGAAGAAAUUGAAAGUGAUUAA